AUGUUUGUCAUUCAUCGGAAACAUUUUGAGAUAUUUUUCCCGGGAAAAAAUUCAGAAAUUAGCGCUGCAGAAUUAAAAAAAUCUUCAAAAAAAUUCAAACCUAUGGCUUGUCAGAUAUUGCCCUUCCCUCCUCGCCGCUACACCACACUUCGCUGGAUCUCUUCUCCCAAUGCGUAUAAGAAAGAGGGAAGAUGA